AUGUCCCAAACCGUCAACUUCCUCACAAACUUCGCCAGCCUCCCUGCCACAGCCCCAUCAUCCCACGCCCACAUCAUCAGCGACUUCGCCUGCAGCACCUCGACCCCCCACAUCCAAGACGCCAUCGUCACUCUCGUCUACAAAAUCUCACCCAGCACACUCUUCACAUUCCUCGAACCCGACAUCAAAGAAUUCCAACUCGUGCAGACGCGCAGGCAAGGCAAGGACGCAGGCGAGAAGCUCGUAGUUAUGAAACGAGGCCGUAAAGUCAUUAUAGGUCUCGCAAACCCCUCCCCAGACCUCUUCGACACCCUCGAAUUCGACAAUCUCGUUCGCUUGGAAAUCGACAAAGAGGGAGCGUGGAAAGUCAUGUAUGCGUCGUAUCGUGAUUACUUUCGCGAGAGCUGGGAUGAUGUUUGGGAUGGUAUAACGGUGAAUCGGGGGUGGGAUGAUCUUAGUCUCAGGGCUUGGGUGGAGGACCCGAGGUCGGAGAGUAGGAGAACGUUGGAGAUUUUGGCGGAUGAAUUGAUGGCCCUCAACUCCCCCACCAAACCCUCCCCAUCAACGAGCGACAACAAAACCUCAAACUACACCACCGCCUUCUCACCCCUCCCCCCUUCUACCUCAGCAACCCACGCCCACAUCCUCAACCUCCACUCCCCUCCCGCGCACCCAACCCUACAAGACACACUCGUAACAACCCUCUACCACACCUCUCCGGCAACGCUAUCCCGCUUCCUAGACCCCACGGUGCAUAAUUUCAAGGAGAUACUCGAAAAAAAAGGGGGGAUGUGA